AUGACUCCUCCUCCCAAGCCUCCUCGUGUCGAGGUCAACAACCUCUCAUACACGUUCCCUGACUACUCAACUGGUGUCAACAACAUUACUCUCGACCUCCCCCCGCGAUCCCGUACUCUGCUCAUUGGCGCCAACGGUGCUGGUAAGACGACUCUGCUUCGUCUCCUCGCUGGCAAGCGCCUUGCGCCCAGUGACACCAUCUCUAUCUGCGGAGUUGACCCUUUCAAGGAAGGUCUUGAGGGUGUCACAUAUCUCGGCCUUGAAUGGGUUCUCAACCCUAUUGUCCGAACUGACAUUGGCGUCAACGAGCUGCUUAGCUCUGUUGGCGGUGAUGCGUACCCUGACCGUCGAGAUGAGCUUGUAGCCAUGCUCGACGUCGACACUAACUGGCGCAUGCACGCUGUUUCCGAUGGUGAGCGCCGUCGCGUUCAGCUUGCAAUGGGUCUUCUGAGACCCUGGACUGUCCUGCUUCUCGAUGAGAUCACUGUUGAUCUCGAUGUCCUAAGCCGUGCCGAAUUUCUCGCCUGGCUCAAGAACGAGACAGAGAUCCGAGAGUGCACCAUCGUUUAUGCUACCCAUAUCCUGGACAACCUUGCUGGCUGGCCUACUCACCUCGCGCACAUGCACCUCGGUACUGUCAAGGAAUGGGACGAAGCCGACAAGAUGCUUGCCACCAUCGACGGCACUGUCGGUGCCUCUGGCAACAGUCGUCUAGGAGAGCUCGUCCUAGGCUGGCUCCGAGAUGACCUGAAAGAGCGAGGACCACGAAGCGGUAUCAACCGCGGUUCUGAAGGCAAGACGUACGGUUUUGGAGGAAUCCAGAUUGGCGGCUAUGGCGACGAGUCUAAGCCGCGUAAGGAAUAA